AUGCCUCAAACGGCAUCAACCUCGUCGUCCUCUUUCGUCUGGGGCUGCAUGGUUUGUUCCAACACUUUUGUCGGCGAGAAUGGGUUCCAUACCCACUUUUCCCGAAUAAGCGCCAAGGAGGCCAAAGGCGGGGCGGGCUUACACCUUCUCGCAGCGGGGGCGAAGGAUGUAACUCCGCUAUGGCGGCGCAUUCCACUGGAGGCGAAAUACGCCUGGCCUGAGAGGAUGCUAUUGGACUCCACCCAAUGGGACCUGGUGAGGGCGUAUUUGAAGGGCCCAGAUGGUGGCAUCAAGAAGAUUAGAGCUGCUCUUGACGACUAUCUUGUGCAUUCCCGCUACACCCCCCAAGCCGCUCCUGAGCAGCCCCCAGAAAGCCCCGGAAGCCCUGCCUACAAGACGUGUGCGCACCUGGAUACACAAACGCUCUCGGGACGCCUCACGCUCUCGGAGCGUCUCCCCGCUACCGAUGAGGAAACAACGCCGUCUGAUCGAUUCCCCUCCCCGGAACUACUCUCGCCCGGACCCUGGCUCCGCAAUAAUGAUUCCGAGUUCUCCACCCGCUUUACCGCCAUGGUCAGUCCUCAAUGGUAG